GGCACGCUGCCACACCGCAGUCCCAGUGCCACGGUGCAAAGGGUGGCAUUAACAGCGUCCAGCAACGUCCGCCACAGAAUGACACCGCCCGACCGGACCGGAUGGAGCGGGCCCCGCACAGAGCGUGUGUGCUUGUGCCUGUGAGUGUCCGUUUCGGUAGUAAAAUUGCUAAUCCAUUCGCUGGCCCCAGGUCCGCCAGUGCGACUGGCUGUUCAGGUUGUUUUCUGCUCGGCCGUACACGGGCGUGCGCAAAAACGAUGUGCGUUCACGGAAGUUUAAUUGUACCGCUGCUGGUGCUGCUCGUGGCGUUAACGCUCGGGCCCGCACUGUCGGCCAGUCCGUCCGUCGGGCCGGUGGUCAAGGGCGAGCAGACGGAACGGAACGGCACCGGCACCAUCGCCACAGCCGCCGAUGUCUUGGAGCGGCGGCCAGCGCCGGAGUUUGAAGCUGUCGCGAGCGCGGACGUACAUCACCCGCGGCCGAAGCGCCGCACGAGGGAGGAAAAGAACAACAUUGAAUCAAGUAUAUCGCUCUGGGAGUGGCUGAAGGGACGCGACAAACCGGAGGACAACUGCAUGCUGAUGGCGAUCGGUGGUGUGGCGAGCGGUGGCGCACUGACCGGAGCGUUCGUUGGAGCGGGCAUCGGGAGCAUCUUCACCGGGCCGGGCGCAAUCGUGGGCGGCAUCAUCGGGGGGCUGGUCGGUGUGUUCGGUGGGCUUAGUGUCGGUGCCCGGGCCGGUGCGGUGGCGUGUGAAAAUGUCUGACCCCGGGUCUGACCGUUGGUGGCGCUUUUCUGGAGCAAUAAAAUUCGUUUAAGUGGAAAACCAAGCAGCUCUGUGUGUGUGUGUGUGUGUGUAUACUGUGGUUUAGAAACUGGUGAAGGAGCCACCCGAAGGUUCCAAUUUAAAGGUGCACAUCGCCAUAAAAAAGAAGGUCGAUAACGGGUCCUCCCGUACACCUAGAUGGUCGGACCAACUUUCUUCCUCUUCAGCAAGCGCCAGCAUAACGGGGAAGGCUCUUAAGGCAAACAGAACCCAUUACAAUUCCUGUGUCGCAUUUGCCAUCCAUUUAACCCAUUGUUUCUUGGACAUGGUCGUGGUACAAUGUGUGGCUAUGUGUGUGCAUGUGUUUAUGUGUGAGUGUGUGUAAAUUGUGGUCCACAUGUGUGGAUGCUUCCAGAGCCGGGGCCCAAAGACAAGGGACAAGUGUAUUCUUACAUAAAACAUAAGGGGCUUGUAGAUUACUUCCCCGUCGGUCGGAGCUCGGUCCCUGCAUGCGUUUGAGUGUGUCUGGGGCUAUAUUUUUCGUGUUACUUUUAUUUAUCACCGAAGCACCAUUCACCUUCACCCAAGCACACUGCCUGUGCUGUGGUGCAUUCGCUGUACGGGAGCUGGAAUUCCUGUAGUACCCCCAUGAAGCGGAAGGAAAGCAUUCAUAAGUAAAACGCACCACGGCACUCUCGUCAUCAAUAUUGCAUGUAUGAUUGUUAUGUACACAUACAGACACACACACACGUACUUGGUACACACACACACUCUCAAGAGGGUGGCAAAUAA